AUGUCUAAAAUAGUUCUCAUGUUCAUGUGGAUUUUAAGUGUUUGUCUUAUUUCUACCAUGAUCUAUAUGACAAGCGUUUGUCAGACACAGAUUAACUCCAUAGAAGAGCGCAAUGACAUAUGGAAUAGCCGAAAGUUAGAAAAUUGUUCCGUGAAACAGAAGACCGUACACACGACUGAUACCCCAGCCCAUAACUAUACAACAUAUAGAAAUUCUUCAAAUGGAAACUCUUCAUUAAAACUAGUGUGGCCUGAAAAACAAAAUCUCGCAAUUUGCAAAAUCAAACCUAAACUUUUGGCUGGCCGAAUUGAAAUGUCCUCAUCAGUAACAGCAAAAGAUGUCACGAAUGCAAAGGUUAUAACGAAAGUAAAGUAUGGUGGAGUUUAUAGACCACCAGAUUGUCGCUCGUCACAGAAAGUAGCCGUUAUAAUUCCCUAUAGAGAUCGUCCGUGCCAGCUACAAAUUUUAGUUAAUCAUUUGCACAAUAUGCUACAAAGACAAAGAGUGUUUUACGGAAUAUAUGUUGUAGAAAUGGCGUUACCCGUUCAGUUCAACCGCGGUAUCCUAGCAAACGCUGGUUUUCUAACAGCCGGAAGUAUCGUGAAUUACACGUGCUAUAUCAUACAUGAUGUAGACCUUGUACCAAUAAAUGACCACAAUUUAUAUAGAUGUAGUGAGUACGGACCAAAACAUAUGGUCACAAAAAAUUCUGCAUUUAGAAAUGGAAAGCUUCCGUACUCUGGAUACGUGGGUGGGGUGAUAGCAUUUACUACUUUGCAAUAUGCCAAAAUAAACGGGUUUUCCAACCUCUAUUUCGGAUGGGGAGGUGAGGAUGACGAUAUGUUUAAAAGAAUCCGUGCUAGAAACAUGACUCUUCAACGCCCUCCAGAUCAUAUUGGAGUAUUCAUGGCUCUAAAACACACACAAGAUUCAUCAAAUCCACCCAAUCCACAUAGGGAAAUGUUAUUAAAUCAAGCGGAAUACAGAAUUGAUAUUGACGGAUUGUCCUCAAUUAAUUACAACCGGAAGUCUCUCGAAUUUCGAACUCUCUACACGUGGAUUCUUAUAGACUGUAUCGAAGCCGAACUUUUAGAAAAGUAUCCAUUCUUAAGAGCUGACUCAAAGUUAAUGUCAAAGAAAGUCAAGGAAAAAAGACACCAUUUAACAGUUAUACAGUCAAAAGAUGGCGAAAUUAGGGAGAAUAGGUUUGUUUACCCAGGAAGAGUUCAAAUAAAUUGA